GGUGAAUUGGAAAAGGUCUUUCCCAGCGUGGUUAAAUAGCAAUUGUAGUCGAAGGAAAUCUCUCACAAGCUACGAUGGUUUGCGAUAAGUGUGAGAAGAAAUUGUCGAAAGUAAUUGUACCAGAUAAGUGGAAAGAAGGAGCAAGCAACACCACUGAAGGCGGUGGCCGUAAGAUCAAUGAAAACAAGCUUCUCUCCAAGAAAAACAGAUGGACACCAUUAGGAACAACCAAGUGCAUCAUCUGCAAGCAGCAAGUACACCAAAAUGGCAAGUACUGCCAUACAUGUGCUUACUCAAAAGGGGUUUGUGCAAUGUGCGGUAAACAAGUUCUGGACACCAAGUACUACAAGCAAAGCAAUGUGUAAUACAAACUCCCAUCAGGAUUUUAAUUGUAAUGCGAUCUGCAACAUAUUGAACAUCGCUCUUUCUGUUUAUAUGGUUGCAUGAUGAUUUGUUGCAUUUUGAUGAUUAGAAUGCUCCCUCCACAAACAAUGAAUUUGAUUUGGGUUUCUAGACUUGAGAUAUGAAUACUACACAAAAAGAUGUUCCCCA